GAGAGGCCUCCUGGAAGGCAGCGAUGUGGUUCUGAGUCGUUGUCUGGGCCUUUUCCGCGCAAGGAGCGCGAAAGUUGCUGUCAGCAAGCGUCGUCCACCUGCACAAGUUGCGGCACUUGUCGCCUCGGCUGCUUGCCGUUCCCACACGAACUUUCUGCUUCGCUCGCCACAGCUGAUUCGUUCUCGGACCCGGUACUGAUGGAACCGAAACGACCACCAGCGAGGCAAGGCGUGGUUGCAAUGCAGAGCACGGCAUGGUAAGCGAGGUGAAAAAACGAGAUCUAUCGGCCUCCCUCCAGCAUAAACGAGCCACGCGCCCAAUCAAUUCCCUGCAUGAGUCGGAGUAUUCGUAAGAAGCUGGCGGCUAAGCGCCGGUACCUACAGCGAGUAAUUCUCCGGCCUGCCCUUGGACUAGAUGAGUGCCACCGGCAGUUGCGCCCGCUUUUGGCAGCACCGUCCACCAGGUCAGUGGGGCUGCUUUAUCAGACGAGCGGAAAACGGAGUUCUGAUUGGGCCCGCGCUGCUACGGCUGUGCUGGCGUCGCACGAUUGCUUGGAUGUUUGGCACCAGAGGUACCGCGCAGUACCGGUACUGGUUCUGCUUGUUGCGUAUUCAGAACGUGGUGCAUGCACGUUUGAUGCUUAGCCCGAUCGUCUCGACAGCCGCUAGCCAAGCGCGCUCAUGCAUGUGAGCGGCGAAGCGAAGCCCUUCAAGUCCGCCUCCUCUGCAGCCUUGACAAGCAGCAUUUGAACCGUAUGGACUUACUUCGUCCACACGCCGCGAGUCCCAGCCUGUUCGAAGUGAUCGGGAAUUUGGUCGCAGCAAGCAGGCUAUGUGUACGCAUCUUAUUCCUGAUCGUGCAGCUGGAAAUGCCCUUUCUCUGAAUCGACGUGGCAGCAGCACACAUCGGACGCGUCGCAAUCCCCCUUGCAGGAAGUCUAUGGAGAGAACUCGAGCGGUGCCCUGUCAUCCGGUAAUCGUGGGUGUAAGAGCGAUAGUGGGCAGCAGCUCACACCACUGUGAAUUAGUAGUGUCGCCACCUAAGCUCGCUUCCUCGACGGGAUUGAGCCGCUGCGCGGCAGACCAAGAUUAGUGACACAAGGUUGCGGGAGCCAACGCGGAUUGCGGAACAGAGACUGACCAACUUCCAGCUUGCGGCGGCCAAACGUCAGUUGACAGCGAGGACUCUUCGAAACUCCUAUUGGUGGUUGGCGCCUGCGACCGGGCGACCGUUCAGCCUGCUGUCGGUCGCAACAAUCAUCUACAGUCUGAGCACGUCGCGGCAUCGUGCACGCCUCGCCGCGCGGUGGAGACUUGACUCGCGAUGGCCACGGUAGCAUGGCCUCCGCGCAUUCAACGAGUCACACAGAAGAGAAGGCGCAUGCAGGUUUUCGGAAGUUUUACGCCUAUAGAUGCUAUUGCUGGGAUCGCAACCACGAUGUGAGUCGUAGAGCGAGAAAGUGCAUUCCAGGCAGACGACUGUCGAACUUGACAUUCACAACAUUCAAGGUUUUGAUGAUUGCACAUAGCGUCGAGGAAUAAUUGAUGCCGUUAGCCUGUCGGCGUAGACGCCAAGCUAGCUACAGUACGCGAUUGCCGCGGACACUGCAGUAAAGACGCGCACUAUAGAUGACGUCGCGUUUGAUUCUGUGAUCGGAGAGCCAGAUGCAGAGGUUGGUCCCUAGCGUCAUCCGCGGCACCCAGCUCCCGCAACCUGCACUCGUGACUGUGACUGGUGGGCCCAAACAGUCACGAGUGCCAUGCGCUGGAUCUUCCUGGGCAGCGAACGCCGCCGGAGCUGUCCUCAUAGCGCAAUCAGACAACACCCUGUACGUCCGUCGCCCCGUCGAUCUAGAUCAGUACUGUGUGCUCAGCGCACUGACUGAUGAGCACCGAGACGAUGGGCCCGAAUGUCCAGUCAACAGUUUGAGACUUUCCUCAUCACCAUUUCCUCAUCACGAGCGCUUGGGCAGCGCGGUAUCGGGUACGGCUCGAGGUUGCUCAGACUCUCGUCGAGCUUCUCUCGCGCCAGACCGUCGCAGUCCGUCCCAUUCGCACCUUUGUCGGUGGGGAUAGAUCCAGCUUUCUUGCCAGCCGCUCAGCAACAGCGCGCAGCCCUGUCCAAGAGGCGCCGCUCAAAGAUCGUGAAUCCAGG